AUGGAUCCAAUUGAUCCAAGAAUCACCACUCAAGAUCACAUUUUUGCUGAUACAUCUGCCUCUACGAUUCUACCAUUAAGAGAUAAAGAGACGAAGCAAGUUAUUGAUGCAGCAAGACAACAUCUUAGUUCUGAUUCUGGCUCAGUGGGAGAGAGUCAACGACCACCACCAUUACCACAACAAUCGCUACCGGAAUCAAUACAUGAAAUAAAGGUUGCUCCUGAAUAUAUUCGCGAACGUGAAGAUGUCCUCCGUACUACUGGAGAGAUUUUGUAUCAGAGGUGUAUUGUGAAAAUGGAACACCUCCAACAGUUAAAAGACAAGUAUGUCAAAAAUCAACAGCAGUUUUCAUCAUCUUUAUCCAAUAGCGGACGCACAAUACAGAGUCAACAUUUAAACACUCAGCAAGUAGCAAUACUGCGACUAGAAGAGAUUCGAUUGCAAGCUGAACUCGAUAAAAUUAGGGCUAAACAAGAAUCAGCUCCUGAUAUUCUACCUGAAGUCACCAAGGUGCGUGUUCGACGGAUGGUCCAAGAUUCAAUCCAGAGCUAUGCUCAGAUGACACCGCGACUCAGCAUGGAAUUGGAGGAAACGAAAGCAGAGCUUGCAUCAGAAAACCAAUUAUUAAAGGAACUAAAAGAAAUUCAUCGCGCUUUGCAGGCAAGGCGCAGAGACCUCAAAAAAUCUGUUGAAUCCGGUAUAAACCAGGAGAUAGUUCAAGAGCGACAAAAGUUGCAGCAGCUUCGCGAUCAUACAGGAGAGCUCAUGAAGGAGUUGGUGCACUUCUUAGCGAAACAUCAUCCCCCGAUCCAACCAGACCCCGACGAAAAAGCAGAAUUCGAGUUGAAGCACAUACUCGAGGACAUUAUGAAUCUAUCCGUUAGUCAGCCAGAAGAUCCUUAUGUCGUUUUGGUACCUGGCAAGUACUAUCCUCCACACAUUGAACACUUAAUCAAUGCAGGAAUCGCAGUCCGGCAUCCUCGAGAUUCACAAAAACUGAGGCUCAUCAAUUUUUAUUCCUGA